GCAUGAGCGGCUGCGCGCUCUUCCUGCGCCGGGCGGCGACUGCGGCGCGAACCUGCCGGGCUCUGGUGGCCCUCCGCGCGAGCCGGCGCCCGCUGAGUACCAGUCCGCCGAGCCGGGCCUUCGCCAAGGAGCUCUUCCUGGGCAAAAUCGAGAAGAAAGGAGUCUUCCCAUUUCCAGAGAUUAGCCAAGAUGAACUUAACGAAAUCAAUCAGUUUGUGGGACCCGUGGAAAAAUUCUUCAAUGAAGAAGUGGAUUCUCAGAAAAUUGACCGGGAGGGGAAAAUCCCAGACGACACCCUGGAAAAGUUGAAAAGCCUGGGCCUCUUUGGAAUGCAGGUCCCAGAAGAAUAUGGUGGCCUGGGCCUCUCCAACACCAUGUACGCUCGUCUAGGGGAGAUCAUCAGCCUAGAUGGCUCCAUCACCGUGACCUUGGCAGCUCACCAAGCCAUCGGCCUCAAGGGGAUCAUCUUGGUUGGCACCGAAGAACAGAAGGCCAAGUACCUGCCCAGACUGGCGUCAGGGGAGCACAUCGCCGCCUUCUGCCUCACCGAGCCAGCCAGCGGGAGUGACGCCGCCUCCAUCCAGACCAGGGCCACGUUAAGCGAAGACAAGAAGCACUACGUCCUCAAUGGCUCCAAGGUCUGGAUCACCAACGGGGGACUGGCCAACAUCUUCACUGUGUUUGCCAAGACUGAGGUGGUCGAUUCCGAUGGCUCAGUAAAAGACAAGAUGACAGCUUUCAUAGUGGAAAGGGACUUUGGUGGCGUCACUAAUGGGAAACCGGAGGAUAAAUUAGGCAUUCGGGGCUCCAACACUUGUGAAGUCCAUUUUGAAAACACCAAGGUCCCCGUAGAAAAUGUCCUUGGAGAAGUUGGAGGUGGUUUUAAGGUGGCCAUGAACAUCCUCAACAGCGGGCGCUUCAGCAUGGGCAGCGUGGUGGCCGGGAUGCUCAAGAAACUGAUUGAACUGACCGCUGACUACGCCUGUACGCGGAAGCAGUUCAACAAGCGUCUUAGUGAAUUUGGAUUGAUUCAGGAGAAGUUCGCCCUGAUGGCUCAGAAGGCUUACGUCAUGGAAAGCAUGGCCUACCUCACGGCGGGCAUGCUCGACCAGCCCGAGCUGCCUGACUGCUCCGUGGAGGCAGCCAUGGUGAAGGUGUUCAGCUCUGAGAGCGCCUGGCAGUGCGUCAGCGAGGCGCUGCAGAUCCUGGGGGGCUCGGGGUACAUGAAGGACUACCCCUACGAGCGCAUGCUGCGUGACGCCCGCAUCCUCCUCAUCUUCGAGGGGACCAACGAGAUUCUCCGGAUGUUCAUCGCCCUCACGGGCCUGCAGCACGCCGGCCGCAUCCUGACCGAGAGGAUCCAUGAACUUAAACGGGGCAACGUGACCACCAUCAUGGAGACCGUUGGCCGGAGGAUUCGGGACUCUCUGGGCCGAACCGUGGACCUGGGGCUGACGGGCAACCUUGGAGUGGUCCACCCCAGCCUCGGGGAGAGUGCCAACAAACUCGAGGAGAACGUGUACUACUUCGGCCGCACCGUGGAGAACCUGCUGCUUCGCUUUGGAAAGACGGUCGUGGAGGAGCAGCUGGUGCUGAAGCGGGUGGCCAACGUCCUCAUCAACCUGUACGGCAUGGUGGCCGUGCUGUCCCGGGCCAGCCGCUCCAUCCGCAUCGGACUCCGGAACCACGACCACGAGAUCCUCUUGGCCAACAUGUUUUGCACGGAGGCCUACGUCCAGAACCUCUUCAGCCUGUCGCAGCUGGACAAGCAUGCUCCAGAGAACCUGGAUGAGCAGAUUAAGAAAGUGUCCAGGGAGAUCCUCGAGAAGCGGACCUACAUCUGCGCCCACCCUCUGGAGAGGACGUCCUGACGCUAGGACAGUGUCCCUGCCCCCGGGCCUCAGCUGACACUAGACGACCCGCCUUUCAGAAGGUGGAGAACUGCAGGAGGCCACACCGCAGCUCCUGAGCAGAGACAGGGAAGAGAAUCGCCGUCACCGUGUCGCCAUUGUGCUGGUGGUUGGGGACAUGCUGGUGGCAGGAAGCUCGCGGGCAUCUGAGGCCCGGACAGCCAUUGCUACCAAGCCACAGGGUCAAGCAACAGCUGGGAAACAGCGCCCUUGUCACCUCCAAGUAGGAGGCACAUGCUGGGGAGUGUUCAGCAGAAAGGAAUAUAAAUGUCACAGUCGGUGUCCCCUCUG